UUCCCUCCUACCGGUAAACAUCCUCCCAAUAACCAACAGACAGAUCAUGUUUUAAAAAGAUAAAACAAACCUUCAUUUUGCUUUUUUUCUUCUUCCUUUGUUUAUUUUGUGGCAUAAUUCUGGAUGCAAGAACAGCUAUCAUGUUGACGAUUUAUAAAAUGCAUUCAAGCAUCUUCUUGCUGUUUUGUGGAUGGAUUUUAUUUGGAGAAUGCAAAGCUAAUGGAAAAGAAAUCCAUGAAGUCUAUAAAAAGGGCAGCCAGCCACAAAGACAGAGAAGAGAAACACACGGAGCAUCACACAAACAAGGCAGCCCUAUACUUAAACGAAGUCCCGAUAUCACCAAAUCACCACUGAUAAAGUCAGAACAACUUCUCAAAAUAGAUGACCAUGACUUCAGCAUGCGGCCAGGCUUUGGAGGCCCUGCAAUUCCUGUUGGAGUUGAUGUACAAGUUGAAAGUCUGGACAGCAUCUCAGAGGUUGACAUGGAUUUCACCAUGACUCUUUACCUGAGACAUUACUGGAAAGAUGAAAGAUUGUCAUUUCCAAGUACCAAUAAUCAAAGUAUGACAUUUGAUGGCAGACUUGUGAAAAAGAUCUGGGUGCCUGACAUGUUUUUUGUCCAUUCAAAGCGUUCCUUUAUCCAUGACACAACGACAGAUAAUGUGAUGCUUCGAGUACAGCCAGAUGGGCAAGUGCUUUACAGCUUGAGGGUCACUGUAACAGCAAUGUGUAACAUGGAUUUCAGUCGCUUUCCCCUUGACACACAGACAUGUUCCCUGGAAAUUGAAAGCUAUGCUUACACUGAAGAUGAUCUCAUGCUGUACUGGAAGAAUGGGAACGAGUCCUUGAAAACAGAUGAUAGAAUAUCAUUAUCUCAGUUCCUUAUACAAGAGUUUCACACUACCACCAAACUUGCUUUUUAUAGCAGCACAGGCUGGUAUAACCGUCUCUUCAUCAACUUCACAUUACGACGACAUAUCUUCUUCUUCUUGCUUCAGACCUAUUUCCCUGCCACUCUGAUGGUCAUGUUGUCUUGGGUUUCUUUUUGGAUAGACCGUCGUGCUGUGCCUGCAAGAGUUCCCCUAGGUAUCACGACGGUACUGACCAUGUCUACCAUCAUCACUGGUGUCAAUGCCUCCAUGCCUCGAGUUUCCUACAUCAAAGCUGUGGACAUUUACCUCUGGGUCAGUUUUGUGUUUGUCUUCCUCUCAGUAUUAGAGUAUGCUGCAGUGAAUUACCUGACCACGGUGCAAGAGCGAAAAGAACGGAAGCAAUGCGAGAAGCUUUCUUGUGCUUCUGCAAUUUCACAGCCAAAGCAAAUGACUGGGAUGGAAGGCAGCUACAGUGAUGGAGAAGUAAAUGAUUUAGGACAAUAUGUGUCUGAAAAUGGAAGCAAAGAAGACAGAAUGAUGGUUCAGUUGGGUCUUGCAUCAGAAGGAAAUUCAAGUAGGAGGAAAGUCCAGAGAUAUAGCAGCAUGAGAAUCGACACUCAUGCCAUUGACAAGUAUUCCAGAAUAAUAUUUCCAGGAUCAUAUAUUUUAUUUAAUUUGAUAUAUUGGUCCAUUUUUUCAUAGUUUUCUUCUUUAGCUAUUUUUUAUGUUCUUCUAAUAACAUCAUGCAUGAAUUAUCAAGUAAAUUUGAAAGUGGAAACUGAAUGUUCUUCGUUCUUCCUGAAUAAGUUUGGUACUUUAAUAUGAAUAUUACUUAAAUUGCUCUCCUGAUCAUUUUCUUGUGGUUUCAAUGGGGAAUGGCAAAGAGAAGAGAAGAGAAGAGAAGAGAAGAGAAGAGAAGAGAAGAGCCUACCUUUUGCAAACAGUGUUUGCAUUUUAAAAGACAUGUACUAAAUUAUUACUAAAGGACAAAAAAGGCAAGAAGAUAUUUUAAAUUUCUCAUUUGAAACUUCUAAUUAUGGCAUUUUUAUUUCAGUUACAGAAAUGGACUAUAUUUUAAAAUUUUAUUUUCAUUUGUAAAUGUAUUAUGUGCUAUUAAGUCAGUAUCAGUUCUUAACAACCAUAUAGAUACCAGGAUGAUCUAUCCCCAAUCUGGCUUAUCAGAUCUUCAAACAAUGUACCCAUUGCCACUUUAGUUGUGUCUAUUCACUUUGCUGCUGAUUGUCCUCUUUUUCUCUGUCCUCCUACAUUUCCCAAAAUUAUUGACCUCAAAAUUUGAGCAUUUUAGUUUUGAAUAAGAACUUUGCAUUGAUUUGUUCUAAGAUCAGUUUGUUUUCUGGCUAUUCAUGGUAUUCUCAGAAGUCAUCUCCAACACCAAAGUUCAGAAGCAUCGAUAUUAUUUUUAAAAAUCAUAAAUCAAAAAACUCUUUGUAGAUAAAUUAGAAAUGUAGAUACUCUACAGCUACUCUACAAGAUUUAAUAACCUUAAAAGAAGUGUAAAUGUUAAGCUUGUAAUUAUUUUGCUUAGAAUUUUCUGCCUUAGUAAAGAAAAUAUUUUUUUAAUACUUUGAUAUAGUACUUCGAAACAAACAGAAUACCUAAAGGUAUUAUGAAAUGUUAGAAAAACAUUUUAUGAAGUCCAUUUACUGAAUUAUCAAUAUUGCUGGUGCCUAAAUUGAAUGGGUUUUUUUGUUUAAAUCAACGAAUCUGACAUUUUAAAGGAGACAUACAUGUAUAUAAAAAUGGCAUCAGCUUUGAGGAUUGCUCUGAUGCAUCUUAUGGGAUUAUUGUAAGCAGUAUCAAGAUGACAUGUUCUAUUUAAUUGAAUCCUUUUUUUUUUACUACAAUGCCCUGUGGCAAGGGUGAUGAACCUUUGACCAUAUAAAUGUUGAACUACAUUUCCCCAGUUCCUUGGGCUAUGUGGACUGGGAUUGUUGGGGGUUGUGAUCCAAUGGCACAUAGAAUGUCAUAAUUCCCUGUUUCUGAGUCUCAAAAAUGUGUCAGCUUAAUAUAGUCAUGAAUAUUUAAAAUACUGUUAACAGUUAUAUAUUCUGAUUUCAGCAGAAGGGUUCCUUCUAUGAAUAUGAGGUUUUUGGACAACAAUGGAUGAAACAGCACUAGGGUGGCAGAGAUCACUGACACUGAAAGCUCCCUUUCUUUUUAGAGUGACAUUGUUGCACUGGACAAUAUUUUUCCGACUAAAGACACAGUGGGAAAGAAGCAGCUGUUUAGUCUCCAAGCUCUCCAUUGGAUAUAUCACAUGACCUUAAAUAUAAAGAAAUAUUGUUUACAUGUUAAUUAAAAAUUAAGAUGAUGCAUUGAAUUUUAUGUAAGCAUUAAAACAGAAGCUAGUAUUUUUUUUCUAAUCAAUUUUCAAAUAAAUAAAUGUUUUUAUUCAGAUAUCACAAUCCUUAUGUUUCAAAUCCAGGUGGGUUUUGAAACAUUGAAAGAACACUUUAGUUUUUUGUUUUUGGUGUGCAAUCUUUUUUCUUUUUUGCUAGAAGACCUGUUAAUAUUUAAGAGCAAUAAUUGUGAUCAUAAAGUAAUUAGCACUUUGGAAGAGCUAGAACCAAGCAGAUGAAUUAUUCCCAAUUUAGACUUAUAUUUCACCUGUAGAGAUGGCAGAAACAUUGUAAGGACAUAAAUAUACAUGAAAUGUCUAUACAUGUCUGCAUACACAUUUAAUAAAAUAGAACUAGGAGAUUUAACUUUCUAUUCAGGCUUUUAAGAUGUGUACAUUAGAUACAAUCCUGUAAGAAUCUUCAACCCUUAAGAAAUAGGUAAGGAAAAUGAAACCUAGGGUAAAUUUAUGCAAAUUUAUUAAUUGCAAAUAUAAUGUUAUUCGCAUAGAAUCAUCUGAAUCAUCUAAAUGCAAAAUUUCAAUUUAUUUUAACUCUGAAUUGUACCCACAGACCUAGCAGGUAAUAGUUAAAAAAAACCCCAAAAUAUUUGUGCCAAGACCAGCAUUUACUCUCUCACAUUUCUUUUUCUGCUAAGAGCUUUGCUUGUCUGAAACUUUGUUCCCGUAAGCUUGGUACAAAAAUUACAUUUACUGCAGUCAUUGCCAUAACAUUUUAGUUGUACACAAGGACUAUCUAUGUACUUUUGAUCCUGAAAAUAAAUCAAAAUAUAAACUAUGUAUGUCAACAGAAGAGAAUAUUCGUAACUCAGAGUUGAACUGUGGAAUCUGUGUUGUCCUCUGAGCUUGAUUGUUUUCUUACAGAUGUUUCAUUAGCUAAUAAGUAGUGAAUGUAUACAGUUUUGCUCUUUAGUGACUUUCAUUAACCUUUCAACAAACAGAAAUAUGAUGCCCAAAUGAAACCGAAUUAACACUACUUAGUGAAUAGCUCUGUAUGGUUCAGAGCAACUGAACCAAUAUCAAAAUAAGGAUUAAUUCCAGGAAUAUCAGUGGAACUGCUUUAUUUUAAAAACAAGGCAAAUGGUUUCAAAUCAGUUAAUUUAUACAAAGAUGCAUGACACUUCAAAUCCAUUUGUUCUUGAUCGUUGUCUUGGUUGUCUAAGCCUAUGGGAAACAAAGUCCAACAUCUGAAAUAAGAAACAUUCUUUUCCUGAUUUUGUAGCAAAACCUGUUACUAUUAACUUCAAUGAAACUGUAUUUUUUUUGAGCAAUAGAUUUAUUGGGUAUUACCUGAAGUCACUGACACUCACCUAUUGUAGAAAAAAAAACCAAUUCAAGUCGUUAAUAAACAGAUAGUUUUAAAAAAGCAUCUCAGGGGAUUGUAAAUUUUUUUGCUUACACACAUGCUUUUUUAUCUUCAAACAAAUAAGAGAAUUAUGAGUCAUCAAGUAAUUUUCAACCAUAUAGAUUUUUCAUGUAUUUUUAUUGAAAAAUUUUACAUAGAUAACAUGAAAAUACUGUAUAUACAGAAAAGUUAAAUAUAAAAGUAAAAAAGCAAUAAAGAAAAAACUAAAGAAGCAACUUCUGAUUUUCUUUGCUGCAGUUACAAAUAAAAUUAUUAUCCCUCUUCCAUCUUUCAUAUCACAUUAUAGAGAUUCCUUCUGUCCCUUUUUUAAUUAGCAAACCCAAAAAUCACCAUUUCACUUUCAGUAUUUCUCCAUUAUUGGGCAAACAUAGAUUUUUCUCUGUGAUGAUCUGUCCCUAACCUGGUCUUUUAAAGGUGCACUCAGUGCCAUUAUAAUUAAAUUCAUCCAUCUUUCUGCUGGUCAUCCUCCUCACUUUUUCCACUUUUUCCAGCAUUGCAGUCUUCUCCACAGUUAGGUCUUCAUGUAAUAUGAACCAAGCAUGCUAAUUUGAGCCCAAAUCAUAGAAAAGGUACUGUACUACAGUACCAAAAAGUUUUGUUUAGCGCAUUCCAAAGAAUUCAGAAUUGUCUUGUCAAUGGCAGACUAAUAAGGUAGAGGGAAUGAUGCUUGCCCAUUUUCAUUUAUUUAUGAAUUCUGUCUCUCGUAUGCAUAUACAGAAUACCAAUAAGAGGAAUGAUUGCUAUAAAUGUUCUCCUGAUUUGGGGAUAUGGUGAAAAAUGGUGGGUUUAGGAGCCUUCAUAUACAAAAUCAAUUUCCAGAUGCUGCUUGCCUACCUCACCUCAUAUAUUUGACAGGGAGCAUCUUGUUCUCCAGCACAGAGAGACAUUUCCUUUUCUGUGUUCAGAAUUUUUUCUUAUCUUGGCAAAAGAGAACAGACUAUCCCAUAGCACCUCUGAAAUAAUGUUCUAUGUAGACUUCUGGUCAUCUGGCAUAAUAAAAAUACAUUAUUGAACAUGUUCAUUCUCUUUAUUGAAAGAAUGAAUAGGAAUCCCAUGAUCUUCCCACAUUAACAAUCAAAAGUCUGUCUUAACAAUGAACCAGCAUAUACAGCUUUGUCAGAAAACUCCAUACUAAUGUUGUCUAUUUUCCAAGCUUUUUUUCUGAAGCACAUUGUAAAAAUCUGGAUAACUGAUGUAGUACUGUACUUAGAAAGUUACAAUAGAAGCACACACAGUGAUAAAAUGAGGUCUCGGAUUCAAAGCGUAUAUUCUAAAUUAAACUAGAAUUCAUCUGUUUUAAGUGGUACUUUUAAUAAAAUUAAGGAGUUUUCCAAACCAUUUUAAAUCUGAUUUCUUAUAUUGAGAUAGAUCCCUUCGGUCACGCAACUAGAAAGCCACGAUUAAGAUUGAUUUAUCAAUGUUCAAGUAUUGCAAAGGAACCUUUCUGAAGCUAUAAAAAUAUAUAACCUGAAUACUGGAUUAAUCAUGUCUGGAGUAGAACAGUCCUGUGUAGUGUUGUGGUUAAGAUGCUGGAUUAAGAGCAAAAGGUCCAAGGUUGUUUAGCUUAUCAAUCCUUUCUCAGCCAACCUCCCUCUAAGGGUAUUCAGGGAGGAAAUAGGACAGAGAAUUAUGUACACUGACCUCAGCUCAUAGAUGAAAAGAGGAUAUACAUCAAAUAAAAACUAUACAAGCAAUGAAUGAUACUAAUUACCUCCCUCAGUAAGCCAAAUUUGCUUAUCUUUCUGCCUUACUAUUAUAAAUGAAAUACCAUCAACAGUUCUACUAGUGUCAGCAAAAAAAUUGAGGAUAAUAAUAAUAAUUUUUCCAAAGCACCUGAAGGCAGGACAAGAAGCAA